CCGUAACAGUUAAGAAGUGGAAAAGCAAUGCGUGAAAACCAUGGCUAACUUUUUCUUUUCUUUCCUUUUUCUAUGAAAGUUAUCGCAACUUUAGUAAAGCUAUGAAUGGCGGAGUAACUUUUUGGGAAUUAUUUAGCCUUUAUGUCAUUCAUCCAUAAAGGAGAAAAGCUGGAGGCAACGGUCCUAUGUAUAACUCAUUGAGUGAAGGAGCAAAGGCUAGCUCCAUGGGAGCUACUCACAGAUCCGUCACCGUUCGCCUAAAUAGAGAAGACUGUAAGCGCACAAAACACGAUUCGGCUUUCUCCGAUUGGAAGAUUCUAAUUGGGCCUAAUGAUUGGACGAAUUAUUUACUGGGGAAGGAAGGAGCAGAGAAAUAUAGGACUCAGAACCUGCCAAACUGCACCUCGUGCUCUGGAGUUUAUGAGCUUGGAAUAGCUGUGUCACGACACCAAGCUGGGCGAGAGGCUAGCAGACUUGACCCUGAUUAUAUUGUUCCUGUAUAUGUUGGAAAAUCUGACAUUGUUAGGACUAGGCUACAGCGGUAUGGCCGUGAAGGCGCUCAUUUAGAGAAUAUCUGCUCCAAUAGUGCACUGCACGACCAAGAAAAUGUAUCUGCUUCAAAGAGAGCAGGAUUGUUUACAGAAGCAUUCUCAAGAGGCUUCUCUAUCGUUUAUAGGUGGGCACCUAUGAAUGACAACAAAGAUGCUGAGAAAACUGAAUCCCAGCUGCUCGACAGAUUUGACUAUGCUUGGAAUAAAGGCAGUAAUGGCGUACGUCGACACAAUGAUGUCCUCCACAAACUUGAUCGCAUUUCAAGAGCAACUCGUCUUCCUGCUUUUGUCAGGAAGCUUCAAUUGUCCCUUGAGAAACAAAAAGGUGUCAAAAUCAAAGCUUGCAAGCCCCUUUUGUUGGAGAACGGAUCUGAGUUUCAUGAUAGCUUCAAAGGCACUUAUUUCCUUCCCCAAAUCUUCAAAUUUGGUCGAUCAAACCCAAGAAUAAUUUCACUAAGUUCCGGUGUAAAUGGUGAUCCAAAUACUAUCUGUGGUGUGGCUUUGGGUCAUGGAUCUGUUUGUAUAAGGCCUCCAAUUAUGGGAAAUAAAAGAUGUGCUGAGCACAAGGGAAUGAAGGUAAAUGGUGUAAAUUCAAAGUUGAUUGCAGAAUGUUUGGAGCACAAGGGAAGGAGUCGAGGCUUAAUUUCUCAGCCAGUGACAGACAAAAGUUGCCACUGGACCCACAAUCCUAUACUUGAAAACAGGACUUAUUCCACUGAUGAUGGCCAGCAGAUGUUAUCCCGUACAGCUGAUACACAACACCCUCAAGAUUUCUCUAGCUGUCCUCUUAUCGGCAAGAACCACAAGGUCAUGUGUGGAGUUCACUUAAAUGAUGGUAGUUUUUGCACCAGGCAACCUGCAGUAGGAAGAAAGCGGUGUGAAGAACAUAAGGGUAUGAGGGUUAAAGAGCCCAUUUCUAAGCAAUUAGGAGUAGAAAUACCGAGUGUAUUUGCAGGUCCAGCUACCAAAAUUAGCAGUGAGAAAAUGCAUUGGAAUAUAGACAUUCCAUCAGUCAACCAUUCUCCGGCUUGUGGAGCAACAUUGUGUAAUGGUUCCUUUUGCAGAAGGAAACCUUCGGAAGGUAAUAAAAGAUGUUGGCAGCACAAAGGUAUGAGGGUUAAAGAGCCCAUUUCUAAGCAAUUAGAAGCAGAAAUACCAAGUGUAUUUGCAGGUCCAGCUACCAAAAUUAGCAGUGAGAAAAUGCAUUGGAAUAUAGACAUUCCAUCAGUCAACCAUUCUCCAGCUUGUGGAGCAACAUUGCGUAAUGGUUCCUUUUGCAGAAGGAAACCUUCGAAAGGUAAUAAAAGAUGUUGGCAGCACAAAGGCAUGAAGAGUUGAAAUAGGACCUCCACGACCUGCAUAAUGUAGUUUCAUAAGAGAAUUAUUAAUCAAGUUGUGGUGCACCCUUACGCAGUGGUGUUGGGAUUAUCCUUUUAUUUAAGAAUUAUUUAUUUACUGUAUGUUUGGUCUUUUAUUUAGUUGAAUUGGUCAGCUCCUAGUUAUUAGGAAGUGGACGAGUGGUUUUAGUUGACAUAGUGGAGUCUGUUAGGAGUCCUAGUUAAUGUUUGUUUAGUCGUGGGUUUGUGGGUUUCAUGCGCAGUCAUGAAGGCUCUGUAAAGGCCUACAUAAUGGCUUCUUCUGUUGCAAAUAAAGGUGUGAGUUUGCAGUAUUAAAGAUCCCAUCUUGUCCA